UAUCAGAAACAAAAACGACUGAUGUUCUAAACCACCCCCAAAAAAACAUGCUUAUCUUGUCAUCCCCUCUUCAAUCCCAGAGCUUUGCCUUAUGGUGCCAAAUAUCUCGACACUCCAACUCUUUGCCUCCAUUUCUAAAGCAGAAGAAGAAGCAGUCUAAAACCAACGACACUCCACUGUUCCUUAGGAAUCAUGCUCAUACAAAGAGCACAAAAAAUGACAUUGAUUUUGACUUCCAGAAUGACUUUCCAUCAUCAUCGCAUAAUCCAAGCAGAGAAGAAAAAGAUUAUGAUAAAGACCCUGAAUUUGCUGACAUUCUUGGUUCUUGUCUUGAUGACCCACUUAAAGCUCGCUCUAAAAUGGAGGAAAGAUUGAGGCGUAAAAAGAACAAGAUUUUGCACGCAAAGACAGGUUCAGCUAAACCCAUGAAGGUUACUUUCAACAAAUUUGAUUUCUCAAACUCGUAUAUAUGGUUUGAAUUCUACAAUGCGCCAUUGGAGAAUGAUGUGUCCUUAAUUUGUGAUACAUUUCGAUCAUGGCAUAUUGUUGGGCGUCUUGGUGGAUGCAAUUCCAUGAAUAUGCAACUGUCACAAUCAACUUUUGAAAAAAGACCUAAUUACGAUGCCAUUCAGGGAGCAAAUGUGACACCAGCAACGUUUUACAACAUUGGAGAUUUUGAGAUUCAAGACAACUUGGCACGUGUAUGGGUAGAUAUUGGGACAACUGAGCCGUUGCUUCUGGACACUCUGAUAAACGCCUUGACACAAAUAAGCUCUGACUAUGUUGGAAUCAAGCAAUUGGUGUUUGGUGGAUCUGAAUUUGAGAAUUGGAAGGAGAACUUAACUUCGGAGUAUGCAGGUUAUAGCGUCCACAAGAUUUAGCAUCUGCAAGUGCAUUCAUUCACUUGUGUUUUGUUCAAUGCUGAAUAUGUCAGAAAAUCAUGAAAUCUUUAACAGAUUUUGAAACUGUUGUGUGAGGGUUUGUGCAUGUUGCCACCAUUGAUGUGGGUCUGACCGGAGACGGUGGUAUGCAAUGUGCAUGUUGCUGCUGUUGAUGUGGGUCUGACCGGAGAUGGUGGGAUGCAAUGUACUAGAGGUUACUGGUUUUUUUUUUAAUUACUGGAGGUUCAUUAGUUGAUACUAAGGGAAGCUGUUCAAGGCAGUAGCCGUCUUUAAUGUAAUGAAAACAGAGGAUUCCCCAGAUUUGAUUAAUCAUAUAAUGCCAUAUUGGAUUCUCGUCA